CAGCUGCCUAUCGAUCCACGCCCGCCCUCGACAUGUCCAACAAUUCCGCGUCACACCCCGCGCCACUCGCCCAUCGGAAACGUCGCAAGUCUCCCAGCCCGGCCACCCCAUGGCUGCCCACCAAGGAGCACGCCGAGGCCUUCCUCGUGGCCUCCGGGAAGCGCGCCGCGCCCGCGCAAGAUGACGACAAUCAUGCCGACUCUGACGCAGAGUCCAGUGUCGUCAGCACCUCCUCCGAGGAACCUAGCUCCGAUUCCGAGUCUGCCGGGUCUGAAGGCGAGAGCGAAGGAGAGGAAGAAGAAGACUCUAACGAGGUCACUUCUCUCCCGCGCCCACCCAAGCCCAGCGUCCGCCGGAAGCUAUAUAAAAAGACAAAUGCGGCGUCCGAGCGCGUGCCGCUGAGCGAACGGCUCAAGGCAUUCCUGCCACAGCUCGCUGCUGCAAACGAGGAGCUCGAGAGGGAAAAGGCUGCUGGGCGGCUUGGUGAGAGGUCAUUGGAGGUGGAAAAUGGCAAGGAAAACGAAGGGCAAUACAUCGAGAUGGACCUGGGACUAGGCGUGCUGGAGGAGAAGGACCCAAACGCUGCGGACAGCAGCAGCGAGAGCAGCAACGAGUCAGGCGAUGAGAUGGACGUCGAUGGCGAAGCUGGUGGCGAAAAGAAGACCAAGGAAAAGGAUGUCUUGGGUAAGCUCAUGGGCAAGAAGAGGACCCAGCCUGGAGCUGGUAUUCAAGAGGUUCCGGAACAGUGAGGCGAGAUGGAAGAGAGUAAAUACCUAUGAGUUUACGAACAAAAAGGUACAAGGGACGAUCGAGGCCAGUGGUCGCAUGAAAUGAUCACUGCCAACGCAAGCUUAGUCUGAAAAGGACGAGCUUCAAGUGGGAGUAAAAGCCAGUUGUUUCAAACUAACAUGGCUCUUGGAGAGCAUCUGGUCAGGAGACUGAUAACUCCCAUAUACCCUUGCAGUGCACACCAAAAUUGGUUGUAGAUAAAAUCGGGCAUGCACAUGGGGAAAGCGGACGAAUUACCGU